AUGCCUUCUGACGCCAGUUCCGUCGUAUACUCAGACGACGACACUCGAGUUGUUGUUCUGCGCGGGGCUAUCGAAGGGCGUCUCCUGUCACAUCCAGACAGGUCAUUCGCGCUAGAGAUCUCACUCGAUCUGGACAAAGGCGAGGAGUUCUUUGAUAAGAAGCCUCCAACACAUUUCCAUGUCCAGGAAGAAUAUGUGGAGGUCAUCGAGGGUGUUAUGGGAUUCGAGCACGAGGGCAAGGAAUUAAUACUGACGCCCAAAGACGGAAGAUUUAACAUUAAGCCUUACAGCAACCAUCGAACUUACCCAAUGCCCAAAGACAUGCAACCAGCUGGUGGUAAUAUAGUCAAGUUCCUGCUCUCAGGAGAAAAGACAAAUGCAGUGUUCGAGCUCAAUCCUGUCUUCUUUGAGAAUUGGUAUAAGUACCAGGACCAAUUUGUGAUACAUGGGGAGAAGUUAUCCAUGAUGCAAUUGUUAUCUACUUUUGACGCUGGCGGCACCUAUCUUUCGCCACCUCCAUGGAUGCCGUUCGGCCAGCAGAUUUCAAUCGGAAUCGGUGUCGUAUUUGGACGCUGGCUGGGAGGGCUACUUGGGUAUCAACCCUUCUAUCGCAAGUGGACUACGGAUUGGGACAUGGCUUGCGACAAAAUGAGAACGACUAUUUUCCAGCGACGCUUUGCUGACUAUAAUGCCAAAAAGGAUAUCUAA